CAAAGCCUUGGCAGCACCAAUUUCUCGUUUCUCCCACCAUAGUCAAAACGCCGCCCCCUCUCCACCAUCCUCCUGUGCGCCGCUUGCCAGCCUGCCUGGCUGUCUCUCUGUCGCCCUGUCUCUCUCGCCGCAGAGGUCAAACCAAAAGCAGGCAGCACGCACACCACCGCUCCCCUCCCCUCGCUCUCCAAUGGCGGCUCCCUCCCUCCUUCAAAACCACCGCCCCUUCCUCUCCUCCUAGUACCCCUACCAGUCAGAGGGAAGAAGAGGCGGGUGUCACGUAUACUACGUAGUACACAAGCGUUUUGUGUGAGGUCCCAGGGGGCGAAUCUGCCGGGUGUCGGCGCUCAUGGAGGGGAUGUGGAGGAAGGCCAAGAGGGCGAUGGGCAUUGGCCUCUGCGCGCACCUCCCCGCCGUCGCCGGCGACCGGGAGGACUGCGCCAGCGAGCGCCGCGCGUCCGACGCCUUCUCCCAGGACUCGGCGGCGCUGGCGGCGGCGGCGGCGCACGCGUCCGCGCCCAAUACGCCGGCGCAGGCGGAGGCAGCCGGUGCGCUGCUCCGCAGGUCCAAGUCGGGAGCCAAGUCCUCCAAGAAAACAUGCGCGAUAUGUUUUGAUUCCAUGAAGCCAGGUCAUGGGCAAGCCCUCUUCACUGCUGAAUGUUCUCACAUGUUCCAUUUUCACUGCAUCUCCUCCAGUGUAAAACAUGGAAAUUAUGUGUGCCCAGUUUGCCGAGCAAAGUGGAAAGAGAUACCCUUUAACCGCUCGUUAUCUUCUAUUGUUCCUCGUGGAAGAAGUGGGUUGAAUGUGAACCAAGCUCGAUUACCCCAACAAGAUGCUUACAUGGCUCUCCUCCGUCAGGUUCCAACCCGUCAGCGAGAAGCACCCGCCUUGCAUACUUCUGAGCCAGUAGAGUUCAAUGAUGAUGAACCUUUGCAGCUGACGACGGCUGCUGGCAAUUGUGAUGUUAGAUCUAGUAGAACUGUGGAAAUCAAGACAUAUUCAGAGUUCUCGGCCAUUCCCCAGUCAUCAUCUCAAGAUGAUUUCGCUGUUCUGAUCCAUCUGAAGGCCCCCUGUGCUAACCCAGAGCAGAUCACAAGCAGACCGGUUAAUGCAACCUCAGUUGGGUAUCCGACAUCUCGUGCUCCUGUUGAUCUUGUUACCUUGCUUGAUGUUAGCGGCAGCAUGGCAGGAACCAAGUUGGCGCUGUUGAAGCGAGCAAUGGGUUUUGUUAUUCAACACCUUGGUCCAUCCGACCGCCUUUCAGUCAUUGCUUUCUCGUCUACUGCGAGAAGGUUGUUCCAUCUCCGACGGAUGUCACACUCUGGCCGACAGCAGGCCUUGCAGGCUGUUAAUUCACUUGGUGCAGGUGGUGGAACAAAUAUCGCUGACGCGUUGAAGAAAGCUGCUAAGGUUAUUGAGGAUCGCAGUUAUAAGAAUCCAGUAUGCAGCAUUAUUCUGUUAUCAGAUGGUCAAGAUACCUAUAAUAUUUCCUCAAAUGUUAGGGGAACCCGGCCUGAUUAUAGGUCACUUGUUCCAUCUUCCAUUCUAAACCACGCUGUAGGCAUAGUUCCUGUCCAUGGGUUUGGUUUUGGAGCAGACCAUGAUUCAGAUGCUUUGCACUCAAUUGCCGAGGUCUCUGGUGGUACAUUUUCCUUCAUCGAGGACGAGGGUGUGAUUCAGGAUGCAUUUGCUCAGUGCAUUGGUGGUCUUCUUAGUGUUGUUGUUCAGGAUAUGCGCUUAACUGUGCAGUGUGUGCAUACUGGUGUUCAGCUUCGUUCCAUCAAAUCUGGCAGCUACUUGAGUAAGGUGGCAGGAGAUGGGCGAAAUGGUUCAAUUGAUGUUGGGCAUCUUUAUGCUGACGAGGAGAGGGACUUUUUGCUAUCCGUGAGCUUCCCGCAAUCCCGUGAACAGACCAUACUCUUGAAGGUUGCCUUUUCCUACAGAGAUCCAGUGACAAAUGAAUGUAUCAAGGUCCAAGGCAACGAGGUGAUGAUCCUGAGGCCAAAAUCAUGCGCACCUGAACCUGUUUGCAUGGAGGUUGAUCGCGAGAAGAACCGAGUCCGUGCCGCCGAUUGUAUUGAGGCUGCAAGGGCUGCUGCUGAGAGAGGUGUUCUUUCUGAAGCAGUGGCUAUUCUCGAGGAGUGCCGAAGGGUAUUGUCGGAGUCCUUUUCAAGCCGGAAUGGGGACCGUUUAUGCAUGGCCCUUGAUGCAGAGCUGAGGGAGAUGCAGGAGAGGAUGGCCAGCCGGCAACGCUACGAGGCUUCAGGGAGGGCGUAUCUGCUGUCUGGACUGAGCUCGCAUUCUUGGCAGAGAGCCACGACACGUGGUGACUCCAUGGACAGCAGUUCACUUGUUUACUCGUAUCAAACACCGUCCAUGGUUCAGAUGCUGCAGCGCUCGCAGAACCACUGCCCUUCGCCUCAGAUCCCAAGGCCGCAGAUCAUCGUACCGACAAGGUCAUUCAUGCAGAAACCUCAGCCAAGGUAGAAAGAAGGUUGGACAUCACGAUCCCGUGAAGCAAGCACACGGAUUAUGGUGAAGAAAUAACGCUUAGUAGGUCGAAAUGUAGUAGUUUAGUGUCAAUCUUUGGGCUUUUCUGGUUUUGAGUCGUGGCGGCGGUAUACCGGAAGGUGGGGGUGGGGCGGGCUUGGAGGUAUAUAUGUUGUGGGGGUGGUACAUUGGAGAAGGUGAUGGGAGGGCUCACGGUGGUAAAUACAUUGUGGGGGGUAUACUCCUGUGGUGUCAAGGAAUAAGGUUUGGGAUUUGGGAAGUAGGAGGGGUGCUGGAGAUUCUCAAGGGGAAGAGGGUCUAGGGUAGGUUAAGCUUGUCACCAAGUUGCUUUAUGGGUGAACAGUUUUCAUUAGGUAUUUGGUAAUGUAGAUAAGCUGCUGGUCUGGUCUCGUCUGGUGUGAUGGAACCUCGGAAAUUUUUGAGUUUUUGGAGGUGCAAUGCGAUGCAGUUCCUUGGAUCCAGUUUUCUUGUUUA